AUGGUCCGCAUCGCCUCGACCAGCCUCGCCGUCAUUGGCGCUCUGCUCGCCCCGUCCGUGUCCGCCUGGGGCAUCGCGUUCUACAGUGGCGAGAACUGCAAUCAGGACGAGCGUUUCUGCCUCGAGGUCGGCGAGCCGGGUGAGAACUGCGAGUGGUACACCCACGAGGGCACUCAGGUCGCCGAGUGCACCGCUCCAACCAAAUGGACCAACAGCUUCUACUGGUCCAUCGGCUCGAUCUGCGGCGUGGGCUUCGAAGAUAACCACGACUGCUAUUUCAACGACUUCGACUGGCACGGUCAGCAGUGCCUCAAAGUCACCGAUCGUCCUGACUGGGCUUUCCACGGCCAGACUCUCACCUUCCAGUGCCGCGAUCGCGAAGAGGAUGGACUCCAAGAUGUUGUGCCGUACAUCCCGAUGGGCGCCUUGAACAUUACGGUGCCAUAA